AUGUCCUUGGGAGCGGCAAUGCCGUUGAUUAUGUGGGGCUGUGCUGGUACUAUGAUGGUUGCAGCAUCUGCUAACUCCUUAAAUCAGGUAUUUAAAUAUAUAAGAGGUCGAGGGACUAAUGUUUCAACUUCCACGGCAAGGUUUGUGCAGGCUAAUUUGUUGGCAGCUGGGCUUGCAGCUUCUAAUCUUGUUCUCUAUGCAUUUGUAUACACUCCACUGAAGCAGAUACAUCCAGUAAAUGCUUGGGUUGGGGCUACUGUUGGUGCUAUUCCACCCCUUCUUGGGUGGGCUGCAGCCUCUGGUCAUAUGGAGGGUACAUGCUAUGCUAUUUUUAAAGUCUUGAUGUAUAAGAAUUCAUCUGUCAUUGCCCUUGACUGGAAAAACUGCACAUGCAACAUUCGGGAGUUCAAUUUGGAGAUUCCAAAAAAGUGGGGAGAGCAGUUUAGCUUGAGUAUCGACGCUGAGUUUAGGAUGUUUUCUCUCACUGACUCAUCUGGUCAAAGAACAGCCUUGGUGGCGUUGAGGAACUGCUUAUAUCUGCUUCCAUUGGGGUACCUGGCCUAUGAUUGUGAGUUAUUCCCAGAACUUCAAUAUAUUAUGAGGCCAGAGGGCAUUACUUCCAGAUGGGUCUGUCUUGAAUCAACACUACCUGCUCUUGAAAUCAGUGCUACAGCUAUCAUUUUACUUAAACCGCACAUCAAAGAAUGCCAGGAGAAUGUUCCAUGCCAGCCUUCUCUAUCUUCUGGUGUUUAUGUUUGGGCUUCUGUGUCAUCGCGAAUGUGA